AUGCAUAAAUAUAGUAGUGAGCAUGAAAAUAAUAGUAGGUAUGAAUAUAAUAUUGAGCAUGAAUAUGAUAGUAAGCAUGAAUAUAGUAUUGGAAGUGAAUAUGGUAGUAAGCAUGAAUAUAGUAUUGGGCACAAAUUUGGUAAUAGGCACAAAUAUAGUAGUUUAAACAAACAUGAUAGUAUAAAUAAACAUAAUAAUAUGAACAAAUAUAAUAAUAUAAAUGAACAUAAUAGUAUGAAUGAACAUAACAGUAACAGUAGAAAUAAAUAUGAUAAUAUGGAUAAAUAUUGUAAUUAUGAAUCUGAAAAAAACAUUACUAAAGAUAUAAAUAAUGAUUAUGAAAUAUAA